AUCUAUCUUCAAACUUCAGACACGUGGGUGGAUAGCAAGUGCAAGACAGAAUAGAAGUGAAGUGAAAGUGGAAGAAGCUAAGUUUUUGCUUCAUAGCUGAACAAUGGCUUCCAUCCCAUGCAUCACCCAUAGUCCCAUCACUUCUAUACCCAAUGUCUCUCCUUCACUGCGUGUUUCCGCCUCACAGUUUGUGGGCUUCAGAAAGAGACUUGGGUGGGUCAGCCUCACCUCCGGAAUUGGGCCCUCCAACGGCUCCCGAGCCACGUGCUGGUUCAGGUUCGGCAAGAACGGCGUUGAUGCCGAGGGUGCUGGUAUUUAUGGCAGCCAGCGCCGUGAUGACUUUGACAGAGACGAUGUGGAACAGUACUUCAACUAUAUGGGGAUGCUGGCCGUAGAAGGAUCAUAUGACAAAAUGGAGGCUCUUCUAAGCCAAAACAUCCACCCUGUGGACAUCCUUCUCCUGUUAGCUGCCUCAGAAGGUGACAAGCCAAAAAUUGAAGAACUCUUGAGAGCUGGAGCAACAUAUGAUGUUAAAGAUGCAGAUGGACGGACAGCGCUCGAUAGGGCUAACGACGAAAUUAAAGAUUUCAUUCUUAAUUUUUCAGUGCAGAGGGCAUGAUCUGUUUGUGCCCAUUAUAAGUGAGUUCAGCUACAUAGUUGUUUAUAUUUUGUCUUUGAUAACUUUUGAACUAUAUUGAUUUAUAUGCUUUGGAUAGAUCAUGAGAAUGAAGCCAGUUUGUCUCAA